AUGCAACUCCGCGACGUUCUUUCCACUGCUCUGGCUACGGCACCGCUGGCAGUGUCCGCAGCUGGUACACUUGGCUUCGCCGUGGGAAAUACCAACCCCGAUGGCACCUGCAAGACCCAAUCCGACUUCGAAGCCGACUUCAAGGCUAUCCUGAGCAAUACCGAUGCUCAGCUAGUUCGAACCUACUCUUCCUCCGACCAGUAUGGCAAUCCUUGCCACACUCCCUCAGAAGUUCUCCCGGCUGCCAAGUCUGCAGGUAUCAAGGUGUUGUUGGGCAUGUGGCCUGAUGGUGGUGCCUACGACAAGGAGAAGGCGGCGGUUGACGAAGCAGACCCUACAUCUUACGGUGAUACACUGUACGGCAUCACAAUCGGUUCAGAGGGCAUGUACCGAGGCACCUACAACGCCGGCGAGCUUCUAGGUUGGAUUGCAGACAUGCAAAAGUCCUAUCCCAACACGCAGCUUGGGACUGCAGACAGCUGGAAUUGUUGGAACAAUGGCACCAUGGAUUCCAUCAUCCAGAGCGGCAUUCAACUAGUCCUCGCCAAUGGCUUUGCUUACUGGCAAUACCAAGAUAUCUCCAAUGCCACAAAGACCUACUUCGAUGACAUGGCGCAAGCCCUCGGUCACGUUCAAGAAGUCAGCGGCAGCCUGGACAAGAUCCAUUUCAUGAACGGCGAAACGGGUUGGCCAGGCACCGGUGGCUCGGACGCUGGCGCUGCAAAGGCGGGCGACAACAACAUGAAGACAUACUGGCAGUCCGCCGUCUGCGGCAUUUUGGACUGGGGCAUUGACCUGUUCUGGUUUGAGGCCUUUGACGAGCCUAACAAGGCGAACGCCAUUGGUGACAACGGUCAAUCCGCGAGCGAGCAGCACUGGGGAUCUUUCACUUCUGACCGACAGCCCAAGUUCGACAUGCAUUGCUAA